AUGGACGAGGAAGAAAUCAGUCUGAAUUCGCCUGUCUCUUCAUCCAAUGCUCCUGAUCCUCCUGUUUCGUCAAGCACCAACAACUACCUUCCUAAUCCCCCAAAAAAGAAGCCACCUUAUGAUGAACGAGUUCUGUUUGCGAGAGAAUUUGAAGAGCUCAACAAUGUCAUUGCCUUCAUGAAGAAAGAAUACCGAAAACGCGAAAAGACGGAAAAAGGUUUUAAGUACCCCGGACUAGAACUUGACGAGCUGCAAGAAUUCAACAACUUGAGGAACAAACAUCGCUUAGACGGCAUCAAUAAAACGGCAAUCUUAGCAUCACUAACGGCUGCUUCUGCAUCUAACCGUCGCCUCCAAGUUGGAAAGAAGGGAUUUACAACUAGCGUCGGUCGAGCGAAGCGCCUUCGUCAUCAGGCAAGCUAUGUCCUGAAAUUCAAGCAGCUGUACACCAACAGCCAAGGCAAAGGGGCUGAAAAGAAAACCCUUCUCGAUGACCCCGACAUUUUCAAAUCUCUUAGAAACUGGGCGGUGGAACAAAAGCCUGGAAGUCAAUCGCAAUCCCGGGUUGUCCGCCCAAGCACCUGCUCCCCGCGCUACGUAAUCAGACCCUACAACUGCCACCAAGAAUUACGUCAACAGAUUGACCCGAUCCCCCUCAACGACCAAGGCUCACCAUGCCCGAUCGACUCCGCAAGAAUCACCCAAUCGUCCACUUUGACCACCACAAGACGAGCCCCUUUCCUCACCCGAACCAACGCUUCACCAGCCGUACAUUUUGACUCCACUUCGACGCCCGCAACCGCGCCUAAUAGCCUCGCCUCACACCGAAUAACCAGCCCCGCGUGCGUCUGGGAUAGGACCGCGUUCACCCUACGACGGUCGAGGUCGUCCCUAACAACAAUUGAUCGCCGGCUGAAAUACUCCGCGGCUCCAAAACCCACCCGGCAGGAAGACGAUCCAAGGUCGCCGUACACCUGCUCGAUUCCGUCCAAAAACUUGCCAGUUGUCCAAUUAUCCCAUGGGUCAUCCGGCCGGUCGUUAACGCCAAUCAUCUCAAAAAUUUUCAUGUCGUGGAAAACCAUCACCAGACGUAAAACGCAACAAUAA